CCUAAAAUAUUGUUUAUAAGCUUCAUGUUGUCAAUCCGGCUUAACCUCAUUCUAAUUCCCGCUCGAUUUUCACCGGUACGCUUCAACUCUCUAACGUUUUUGUCUCCUACGAAAAUGCCGCCGCGCAAACGAAUUUUAAAAGAUACUCAACCCGAAGAAAAAGAAAAGCCCACGGAAAACGAACCAACAAAACGAGGUAGUAAACGUAAAGCAACAAAGCCCAAUAAAAUUGUUAAAGAAAAUAAUCAACCAAAAUACGAAUUAAUAGAAACUAAAGAAUCUAAUGCGGUAGAUGAGGAACCAAAGAACGAUAGUGAUAAAGAUAUAAUAGAUGAUCAACCAUCUAAAAAAUUAAAAAAAUCUAAUUUAAAAAUUUCAAGUUGGAAUGUUGAUGGGUUAAGAGCUUGGAUUAAGAAAAAGGGUCUUGAAUUCAUCGCGAAAGAGAACCCCGAUAUAUUUUGUAUCCAAGAGACUAGAUGUAGCGAAAAAAAAUUACCAGAUGAAGUAAGAUCAAUCGAUGGUUAUAAAGCAUAUUGGUUUAGUGCUGUGAAAGAAGGAUAUUCUGGUGUAGGCAUCUACACAAAAACCAAUCCCCAAUCUUUCAAAAACGGUUUUGGGGUCAAAGAAUUCGACGAUGAGGGUCGAUGCAUAACACUAGAAUAUGAUGAUUUUUAUUUGGUUAAUGUUUAUGUUCCCAAUGCUGGAAGAGGAUUGAUUACACUUGAUAAAAGAUUAUCUUGGAAUGAAGAAUUCAAAAGUUACAUAAAAGAUUUAGAUCAAAAAAAGCCUGUUAUUGUAUGCGGAGAUAUGAAUGUGGCUCAUAAUGAGAUUGAUUUGGCUAACCCAAAAAGUAAUAAAAAAAGUGCAGGAUUCACAAUAGAAGAACGAGAAGGAAUGACUGAUUUCUUAAGCGAAGGAUUUUUGGAUACUUAUCGAAAAUUAUAUCCUGAUAAAACCGGCGUUUAUACUUUUUGGUCUUACAUGAAUAAUGCUAGGGCUAAAAAUGUUGGAUGGAGAUUGGAUUAUUUCAUUGUUUCAAAUAGAUUCAUGGAGAAUGUUGCUGAUAAUAUUGUCAAUAAUGAAUUUUUGGGAUCCGAUCACUGCCCCAUUACGUUGUUGUUAAACACUUAAUUUAUAAUUUUAGUUAUGAUAACAUUUUCUCAUUUAUUUGUUACUAUUAUUGUUUAAUUUUUAAAUGUAAUGUUUCUUUCUUGUUAAAAUAUUAAAACGGUAAAUGGUUUUAAUAUUUAAAUGUAGAAAAACAAAGUUCUCGAAUAAAUAUAAUGUUUAAUCCAAAA